AUGGAGGCUGUGAAUGUUGAUGUGGAUUUUGGGACGUGGUGGAUUAUCACAGAUGAAGACACCGUCAAACGAUACUAUGCCAAGUUUGAGGAGAAGUUCUUUCAGACGUGUGAAAAGGAGCUUUCCAAGAUCAACACAUUCUAUUCAGAGAAACUGGCUGAGGCACAGCGCCGAUUUGCAACUUUGCAGAAUGAGCUGCAGACGUCUCUGGAUGCCCAGCGGGAGAGCAAUGCUCCAGGGCUGCGCAGUCGCCGCAAAACAGUGUUGCCUUUGUCCAACAAAGAGCGCAACAAACAUCGCAACAUCAAAGACCUGCAGCUGGCCUUCAGCGAGUUCUACCUCAGCCUCAUCCUCCUGCAGAACUACCAGAAUCUGAACUUCACUGGAUUCCGUAAGAUUCUGAAGAAACAUGACAAGAUUCUGGACACACAGCGUGGAGCUGAUUGGCGUGUGGCUCACGUGGAGGUGGCUCCAUUCUACACCUGUAAGAAGAUCACACAGCUCAUCUCUGAGACUGAGGCUCUGGUGACCACAGAGCUGGAAGGAGGUGACCGUCAGAAGGCAAUGAAGAGACUGAGAGUUCCACCUCUUGGAGCAGCACAGCCUGCACCUGCCUGGACCACCUUUCGUGUGGGACUGUAUUGUGGGGUCUUCAUUGUCCUGGCUGUCGCCUUUGUCCUUACUGGUGCUUUUUUCAUUCGUAAUCAGAACAUCUGGCCACUGGUACGCAUCUACCGUGGCGGUUUCCUGUUGAUUCAGUUUCUCUUCCUCUUGGGGAUUAACACUUAUGGCUGGAGGCAGGCGGGUGUCAAUCAUGUGCUGAUCUUUGAGCUGAACCCUCGAAACAAUCUUUCACAUCAACAUCUGUUUGAGAUCGCUGGGUUUUUGGGGGUGUUGUGGUGUCUCAGCAUCCUAUCCUGUCUGUUUGCGGACUACACUUGGCUCCCUAUGCAGGCGAACCCCCUAAUCCUCUACGGCUUCAUGGUGCUCUUCCUUAUCAACCCCUUCAAAACUGCCUACUACAAAUCCCGUUUCUGGCUCAUCAAACUUCUGUUCCGUGUGUUCACCGCCCCAUUCCACCGUGUGGAGUUUGCAGACUUCUGGCUGGCAGAUCAACUCAAUUCUCUGGUCAUUGUUCUGUCGGAUCUGGAGUAUCUGGUCUGUUACUACAGCAUGGAGCUGCAGUGGGGAGAUCGCAGCGGCUUACUGCCCUCCACAUAUGGUGAUGAGAGGUGUAACAGCUAUUCUUAUGGAGUUCGGGCCAUCAUCCACUGUCUACCUGCCUGGCUGCGGUUUGUUCAGUGUCUGCGACGUUACCGUGACACCAGGAGGGCCUUCCCUCACCUGGUGAAUGCUGGGAAAUACUCCACCACCUUCUUUGUGGUCACAUUUGCAGCCCUCUACAGAACUCAUAAAGAUCAGAAACAUGCUGAUGCUGAGGUGUUUUUCUACAUGCUGAUCCUGUCUUCAGUCGUCAGUUCACUCUACACACUGAUCUGGGACCUAAAGAUGGACUGGGGUCUUUUUGACCGCAAUGCAGGCGAGAAUACCUUCCUGAGAGAGGAGAUUGUUUACCCACAUAAAGCCUACUACUACUGUGCCAUUAUAGAAGAUGUGAUCCUGCGCUUCGCCUGGACACUGCAGAUCUCUCUGACUUCCAUGACUGCCAUUCCUUCCAUCGAGGACAUCGUGGUCACCAUUUUAGCUCCUCUGGAAGUGUUUAGACGUUUCGUGUGGAACUUCUUCCGUCUUGAGAAUGAGCACCUGAAUAACUGCGGUGAGUUCCGAGCGGUGCGGGACAUCUCAGUGGCUCCUCUAAACGCUGAUGACCAGACGCUGCUGGAGCAGAUGAUGGACCAGGAGGAUGGAGUCCGGAACAGACAGGGUAAAAAGAGCUGGAAACGGAGCUACAGCCUGUCCUUACGACGACCCCUGCUAUCCUCACAUAAGGCUGUUCUUUGGUUUCUUUUCUCUCAGGUCUCUCCGGGACCAGGAAGGAGCACGGGCAGCUCUGUGGUUAGUGCCUCUUCAUCAGCAGUGGCUGAAGCAGGAUCAGCUCCGAAUGAAGCUGUGACCUCUCCGGAGAGCAUCGCUUCAUCAUCUGGACCUCCUGAACAAUCAAGCAGGUUGUCACUUCCUCUGCCCAGCCGAGAGAGCCAAUCACAGCCGGCCACCACGUCGGUGUCCCCUCCCACAUCAGAGCCCAGUCCUGUGGAGUUUGAUAGUGCCAUCAGUUACGUCAAUAAGAUCAAAAACCGAUUUUUGGACAACCCAGAAAUCUACCGGGCCUUUCUGGAAAUUCUACAUACGUACCAGAAGGAGCAGCUGGAGGUGAAGGAGAGCAGAGGGCGUAGCACUGGAGGAAUGACCGAAGAUGAGGUUUUCUCUAAAGUGGCAAGUCUUUUCAAAGGUCAAGAGGAUCUGCUUGCAGAGUUUGGCCAGUUUUUGCCUGAUGCAAAGAGAUCUCUGUUUACUGGAGGUUCUUUGCCUGGCAAAGACAUUCUGAAGAAAGCAGGGGAAGAGGAAAUGAAUAAACUGAGCAAGAAGAGACCUAGACCCAUGUUACUGCCCCACAUGACCCCCCUUCUGAAGAAAAAAAUGAAGUAUUCCUGCUCCAAGGACCCAUCUUUUGCCUCUGUCGGAAAGCAUGGAGUUUUGCGGGAAUUCACAUUCUUUGACAAGGUGCGUUUCUUAAACAAAAUUGCUCUGAAAUGUACGUGGUAGUAAGUCGGCCAUUGCCACAGGAUUUAGGCCGAACUCCUGCAACUUGUGACUCCAUUCUUGGGGAAGUUUCCAGAACUGUACACCCAGUUUAAGUCAUUUUUGGGUGAUAAAGAGCUGUCUCAUGCCAUCACUGGCCUCUCUGACCGCUACAUGGAGGGUGGAGGCAGAGAAGUGGAUUACGCCUCCUGUAAACGCCUGGGUUCCAGCUACAGAGCCCUGCCCAAGACCUACCAGCAGCCCAAAUGCAGUGGCCGAACUGCUAUAUGCAAAGAGGUGCUGAAUGAUACCUGGGUCUCAUUCCCUUCCUGGUCAGAAGACUCCACUUUUGUGAGUUCCAAGAAAACACCAUAUGAAGAGCAACUUCAUCGCUGUGAAGAUGAGAGGUUUGAGCUGGAUGUUGUGCUUGAGACUAAUUUAGCAACGAUAAGAGUUUUGGAAAGCGUGCAGAAGAAAUUAUCCCGCCUUUCGCCGGAGGAUCAAGAGCGCUUCCGAUUGGAUGACUGUCUUGGUGGAACUUCUGAGGUCAUCCAGCGUCGUGCAAUCUAUCGUAUCUACGGUGACAAGGCUCCAGAAAUCAUAGAGGGGUUAAAGAGGAGUCCAGCCACUGCAGUGCCUGUCGUACUCAAAAGAUUGAAAGCUAAAGAGGAGGAGUGGAGGGAGGCUCAGCAGGGCUUCAACAAAAUCUGGAGAGAGCAAUAUGAGAAGGCGUUUCUGAAAUCACUGGACCACCAGGGUGUCAACUUCAAACAGAACGACAUGAAGGCUCUUCGAUCCAAGAGUCUUCUCAAUGAAAUAGAGAGCAUCUAUGACGAGCGGCAGGAGCAGAGCACAGAAGAGGGCGGCAUGGGCCAGCAAAGUUGUGACGGCUCAGGCACAAAUUCGACCAGUGAACCCCACAUGAUCUUCACUUACGAAGACAAACAGAUCCUGGAGGACGCUGCCUCCCUCAUCAUCUACCAUGUCAAGCGACAACCCACCAUCCACAAGGACGACAAGGACCACAUCAAGCGUAUCAUCCAGCACUUUGUUCCCGACCUCUUUUUCGCCCGUCGUGGAGAGCUUAGCGAGACAGAGGAGUUCACGGACGAGGAAGCCGACGGUGAGGACGGCACCACCGCAGGAGGUGAAGUCUCAACAACAGGCGGCCAGCAACAGCUGAACGGUGAUUCCAGACGAAGACGAUGCACUUCCCCUCAGAGCAUGGACACCUCUACGGCUGCCCACAGUAUGAAUCCAGAAGGGGAGGCUGUGGAUCUGCGGGACCCGGAGGCUGUGGAUCUGCGGGACCCAGAGGCUGAGCACCAGAAGGAGAUGGAUGGAGUCUACAACCUGUUCUUUGUCAAUAAUAACUGGUACUUCUUCCUGCGGCUGCACCAGACUCUGUGCUCACGGCUGCUAAGGGUUUACAGGCAGGCCGAGAGACAGUUACUAGAACACAGGGCGGAGCAGAAUCGGGAACGGCUGCUCAUGGGAGAUGGGCGCAGAGAAAAGGCAAACGACCUGGCUAUGGAGCUGCGUCUGAAACAGCCCAGUGAAGUAGAGUUAGAGGAGUAUUACCCAGCGUUCUUAGACAUGGUACGCAGUCUUCUAGAUGGAAACCUGGAGGCCACGCAAUACGAGGACACCCUGAGAGAGAUGUUCACCAUCCACGCUUACAUCGGAUUUACCAUCGACAAGCUCAUUCAAAACAUUGUAAGACAGCUUCAGCACUUGGUCAGUGAUGAGGUGUGUCUGCAAGUCACUGAGCUGUACCUGGCCGAGAGGAAGAGGGGUGCUGCUGGUGGCAAUCUCUCGUCCCAGUGUGUCCGCUCCGCUUGGGAGGCCAGCUACCAAUGGAAGGCUGAGAGAGUCAUGUCUGAGGAGAACUGCUUCAAGGUCAUGUUCAUUCAAAACAAAGGUCAGGUGACCUUAACGAUCGAGUUGCUGGACACGGAGGAGGCCCAAGGCGAUGACCCGCUGGAUCUUCAGAGCCUGUCUAAUUAUAUGGAGCAGUAUAUAGGAACUGAAUCUGUAUGCUCUCAGACAGAAGGAUACUACUUCAAGCCUGUGUUUCUACCCAGGAAUCUGAGGCAUUUCCGUGGCUGGCAGCUCAAGCAGGUGGAAGCCAUGCGCUGUCGGAGAGAGUGGCAUCGGAAGAUGGGUGUGGAGACAGCUGGGAACCUGGACUGCCGUUUCAAACUAAACACGCACAAGAUGGUGUUUGUGAUGAACUCCGAAGACUACAUGUACCGCCGAGGGGCCCUGGUGAAAGCUCGGAGGUCCCAGCACAGAGUAGCACGGGCCCAGCACGAGCGCUUCGAGCAGUGGCACCGGGGUUGGUUGAGCGAGCAUGUGUCCUCCGGCGCUGAGCGCAGCGUGCAGGACUGGCUCAUGGGAGAAGAGGACGAGGACAUGAUCCCCUGCAAGACCACCUGUGUUUCCAUGCAGGUCAAAGGCUUACAUGUCAACAGGUACCAGGUGCACUACAACAGCAAGGCCCCCGCCUCACCGUAACAACCUCAAGCCUUGGGAUGGAUUUUGGUGAUCUCUCUCUUUUCUCUCUUUGUCUUUUUCUCGCUCACUCUUUCAAAUGGCCGAGCUUAAACAUGCUUGGCUGAAACACAGCGAACAGACAGGAGUGGUUUGAGGACAGACAGCUGCUCAAAGGAGGGAAUGCCUCAUUAAAAAGCAUCACAUCUCGACACUAGUCCAUCAUGAUCGAUGCCGUUACCAGACGUUUCAGAAAUGUGAAUGUCACUUUUUUUUUUUUUUUUUUUUUAAGAAAGUCCAUUGUAGUUUUUAGCUCCUGAAACCAGAGUUUUGUUUUGUUUAUACUGAAGUAUUGAGAGACUAGGUUUAAUGUAUGUCUACAACAUCUGUAUGUCUUUUUGUACAGUUAAGUCGACUUGAGCUCGAGCAAUUGCAUAUAUACAGCAGAAAGAUUAUUCUGUGUGCAUUUUCUUGGCUAUGAAUGAUGACUUGGAAAAAUUAUGUUUCUCUGGGGCACAUCCGUAACGUCCUUGUUUUAGUUCUGUUUUGUGUUCUUUGUUUUCAUCGUCUCUUAUAACUGAACAGAGGAUCGCCAGUGUCACCUGUCAAUCACUGCUCAUUAUUUGUAGUUGAUUUUGUUAAACAUCCAGAUCAUGUAUCAUAUCGAUCUCGCCAAAUCCUUGCUUUUGUUUAGUGUAAUUUUUACAUAUUAAAACCGAAAAAUGACAAAAUAUCAGUGUUUUGAAAAAAGAAUGUAUAACAUUUAUCCUGUAUCAGUUAUCACAAAAUAAACAACCUAGUUGUGCAGUUCUUAAAGAACGGGUCGUGAUUCUUGCAGAAUUCUCACCUUUUCAUCAGAAGAUUGUGCAUUUGGAAUAGCAACAUUGUCCUGUCUUAUGGUUUAAAUUAUUUGAUGUUACAAUUUAAUAUUUAUC